UCACAUCAGAUAAAAAGAGACCGAAAGAUUUGGUUUCCUUCUCACUUUGACUUUAUUUUGUCUCCCAAUGUGCCGGCAGCAUCCUGGAGGAGCCACUGCUGAGUGCUGAGGUGAAGGAGGGAGAAAUUCUGCCUCCCACCAUUCAGAAGCUGAUGAAAGGAUACAACAAGUACCUAAGGCCUUUCUUUGAUGAUGGCCCUGUCACUGUGGGGAUGAGUUUGGACAUUGCUAGCAUUGACAAGAUAUCAGAGAUCAACAUGGACUACACUGCCACCAUCUUCCUGCGGCAGCGCUGGACAGAUGAGAGGCUGGUGUUUGAAGGUAAUAAGAGCUUGAGUCUGGAUGGGCGUCUGGUAGAGCUGCUCUGGGUUCCUGAUACCUUCAUUGUGGAUUCCAAGAAGUCCUUCCUGCAUGAUAUCACAGUGGAGAACCGUCUGAUCCGAAUCUUUCCCAACGGAACGGUGCUUUACGCUCUCCGGAUCACCACCACUGUGGCCUGCAACAUGGACCUAACUAAAUACCCCAUGGAUAAACAGACAUGCACCCUACAACUGGAAAGCUGGGGUUAUAAUGUCAACGAUGUGAUGUUUUACUGGGUGAGAGGCAACGACUCAGUCAGUGGGUUGGAUACUCUGCGUCUGGCACAGUACACAGUAGAGGAUCAUUACACUUCUGCCUCAGAGGCUGUGUAUGAGACAGGUAAUUAUCCUAAACUCAUAUUCCAUUUUGAGCUGAAGCGAAGCAUUCUGUACUUCAUCCUGGAAACCUACGUGCCCUCCAGUCUGCUAGUCGUGCUCUCCUGGGUGUCCUUCUGGAUCAGCCAGUCAUCUGUGCCUGCUCGCAUAUGUAUAGGAGUAACGACAGUGUUAACGAUGACCACUCUGAUGAUGGGUGCGAGGACGUCUCUACCCAACGCUAACUGCUUCAUCAAGGCAAUAGAUGUGUAUUUGGGAAUUUGUUUCAGUUUCAUCUUUGGAGCACUGAUAGAGUAUGCUGUUGCUCACUUCUGCACACUCCAGCACCCAGAGUACAACAGUGCGUUUACGCACAUGCAGGACUGUGAAGAAGAGAUCAAUGGCAUUGUCACAACCAUUGCCAGUGAUUCCAGCCGAGCAAAGCGCCGUAAAGACACUCCAACCCCUGCUCCAACAUCGACUCCUAGCGGAGAGCCUGAUCUCAUGGCCCAAACCCCUUCUCACCUAGAGCCUAUGACCCCGGAGGCCCUGGAGGAUCCUCUUAACCGCUGCAUCAGAAUCCUGUCCCUCAUACGACAGAUGCUCCGCUCUGUGAACUGCUGUCAUGUGGAGAAUCCACAUUACAUAGACAACUACUCUCGUGUAACAUUUCCCCUCUCCUUUGUCGUAGUUAAUCUGCUCUACUGGACUUACUAUCUGUACUUUUAGUAAACCUCAGUGUGUUGAUGGGAGUUAUUGUAAAAGAGGGUGCACCUCAUGUGUGACUGAGCAUGAAGCCAUCUUAGUGUCUGUAUAUGUCUGGGUUUUUCUUUUGGUUGUAUGAAAAUCUGAGUGGAAAUAACAGAGUAUACAUAAUUGUGUGAGUGUGAGUGUUUCUUAUUUUGCAUAUUUUACAUGCCUGAAUGGGUGUGCAAGUGCUUCUCACAAAUUAACCGUUUUGUGGAUCAGGUUUGCAGUUCUUUUACGGACACUGCUGAAGGCGUAACAUGCUAAAAUGAUGCAAUAACAUGUUAGAGAAAGACGCUGAUUAAGAUGAAGACAUUGAGAUGUCAUCUGUCUUGAUCUGCAAUGCAGAGGUGCCAACACUGCUAACAAGAAUGAAUAUAAUAUAAUAAUGUAAAACAAAAAAGGAUUUUACCACUAAUCCCCUAGCAUAAUUCAGUGGACAAGGUGGCUCAAUGGAUUAAUGAUAAAACAUGCACUGGCUAAACUGAUAUUUAACUUUAACAGUCUUCAGAAAGCUUUGGAUUUAUAAGUAACCAGCCAAGGGUAAAUUCUUACUUAAUAUAAUUGUUACAAAAUUAACAUGCAUGUCCGGUCUUCAGUCCAAACUAUUGCCACAUGUUGCACUUAAUAAUAAACCAUCUAAAACUGUAAUCUAUUGACUGUUGAUUAACUGACUUUUUUUGUAUAGACUUGUGAUGAUCUUUACACUUUCAUUACUGACUUGAA